GGGAGGGGGAAGACGCGAGCGAGGAUGAAGGAGGCGGAGUGGGGGUGAAGGGGCAGAAGUCUCUGGGGAAGCCCCCUCCCCUGUGACAGAGGAUAAUGGAGAACCCAAUGGCAAGUUCUUCUCCCCCGUCACAGUUUCCAGACGACGAGGGCUCGAAGGAGAGCAACGAUAUUGUUUCAGCUGGGCUCAAUCACUCAGAAGGGUCUUGCAGCGGCAGCGGGUCCCAGUCGGCCAACCACCCCGAUUUUGCAGAGGAGGUGCUGCAAGCUCCGUUGCCUCGCAGUGAGUCAUCUAACAAAGCUGAAAAUAGCGAGUCGAGACCUGAGGAGGAGCAAAGAAAUAAAAGAGGAGGAUGGUCCAAAGGGCGAAAGAGGAAGAAACCCUUAAGGGACAGCAAUGCUCCUAAAUCUCCCUUAACGGGUUAUGUGCGGUUCAUGAACGAGCGGAGGGAGCAACUUCGAGCAAAGAGGCCUGAAGUUCCUUUUCCUGAAAUCACCAGGAUGCUGGGCAAUGAAUGGAGUAAACUGCCUCCUGAGGAGAAACGGCGCUACCUCGAUGAAGCAGAUAGAGAUAAAGAGCGUUACAUGAGGGAGCUGGAGCAGUACCACAAAACGGAGGCGUACAAAGUCUUCAGCAGAAAAGCCCAGGACAGGCAGAAAGGCAAAUCACAUCGACAAGAAGGAGCACGACAGACCUCCCAUGAGCAUGAGAAGGAAACUGAUACCAAGGAAAGGUCUGUAUUUGAUAUUCCAAUCUUCACAGAGGAGUUCCUGAAUCACAGUAAAGCACGGGAAGCAGAACUUCGUCAGCUGCGCAAGUCUAACAUGGAGUUUGAGGAAAGAAAUGCUGCCCUGCAGAAGCACGUGGAAAGCAUGCGCACAGCAGUGGAGAAGCUAGAGGUGGACGUGAUACAGGAGCGCAGCCGCAACACAGUGCUGCAGCAGCAUCUGGAGACCUUGCGGCAGGCCCUCACCAGUAGCUUUGCUGGAAUCCCCUUGCCAGGAAGUGGUGAGACCCCCUCAAUGGACACUAUUGAUUCCUAUAUGAAUAGACUGCACAGUAUUAUUCUGGCAAACCCACAGGAGAAUGAGACCCUCAUAGCCACAGUCCGGGAGGUUGUAAACCGCCUCGAACGCUAGCGAUGUGGUGAGCUCUCCUGUACCAGGACCUCUGAAGUCGUUCUUGCUAGGGCUGAGAUGAAAUAUUGCUGACAUCUGAAAUGAUCGGUUUGGCUUUCUUAGUCCAAUUUCAGAUCCUGAGGGUGGAUUCUGGUGUCAAUAGUCUGUAUUUUGGUGGAAUAGGACCGAGUAUGUAAAUUCCACAGCAGAAACCACAUGCUCGCUGUACAUAUGAAGUGUUUCUGAUAUUUCAACGAUGUGUAAUUUUCACAGCUGUAUUUCCCUCCACAAGGACACUUUUAGUAACACAGUUGAUAAAUAAAAGGAAGAACAAAACCAGUCUUCCUACAUUCCUUACUGUAGUGCUCAUCAGCUCCUAGAUUUCAAGCAGAACUGAGAGGCUCUACUCCCCCCGCCCCUUUCCUCGCCCCUUGAACGCUCCAGUAUGCGUUGUUUGUUCUAAAUGCACAACGCUGAGUCCCUGAUGCUGCGUCCUGUGUUUGGAAUUGCCUUUAUAAAAUCAAAUGGUAUUUUAAUUCAGUACGUUCAGUCCAUUUGUGCCACAGGAAGCUGGGAGUCCUCCACCUUUCUGGGCCCGACCUUUUGUGAUAAUUGUGUGGUGCAAUUAAUUGCCUGCUUCCCCCAUCGUGGCUUAGCUGAAGCUAAAAGGCAGUUGCCCUUCCUGAGAGCAGCCAGAUGGAACCGGCUACAGUUCUAAGUCAACCGGUCCCCCAGCAGAAUAAAGUAGCGGUGUGACGUGUGGCUGUUUGAUGAAGGGGAACAGCUUGUGGGUGCAGGGCUGAGAUUUUUUCCUGACAGCUCAUCCACUUGCUCAUUUUAAUCGAGUAUUUUCUCUUAGCCCUCCUAUAUGUUGUAAGAGAGAAACUCUGGGAAUUUGCCUGGGGCAAGAACCGGGGCGGGGGGCGGGGGGGGGGGGACUGAUAACGGGCAAGGACACCUGAGCCAGAUGUUGCUCAGGCAAGUGCUGGAAGGGCAUAGGAGCCAGAUGUUUCCCAUCUAACCACUCUUGUCUGCAGAAGCCUGCCUGAAGCUUCAGAUGCCAAGGCGGUUAGCUGUACCUGUCGACUGUUGCUGCUACAAGAAACCCCACGGGAGUUACUAGCGUUGGCUGUGGCUUCAGAAUGUAAAUGUGUCUGCUUCUGGGGAAAACUGGAUUUAAACUUAAACCACUUUGCAACAAAAUAAAUCCCCCCCCCCCUCUCUUCCCAGCCUCCUUCCCACUCUCUCCCUGCUAGUUUGGGUUAAAAAAGACUUGCUCUCACUCUCCCAAAACAGCCCUGCAGAUGAGGCAAUUCAAAAUGUUGAUUCCAGCCUGGCUUCAUUAUCCAAAUACGAACACUCAAAGAGAGCUGAUGGUUCCCAAUACUUCUGGCGUAAUAAAUUACCCUCGACAUUUGCUUGGCAAAUUCUCUUCCAGCAGGAGAGGGCGGGAAGGGCCAAGGACACGAACUCUUAGAGGCCAGCACAGCUGAUAAAGAGAAGCGCUCCAGGCAGCUACAGAAGCAGUUUGUGAGUCAAGGUCACACGCACUGGAAUCUGGGUGGGGUUUUUUUUGUUUUGCUUUGCGUCUUGUUGGAUGGGCCCGCCAGUGUUGCUGUGCUUCUUAACAUCUGGGUAGGCAGCCCAGACAUGCUAGGGAGAAAUCAGAUUACUAGCUAAUAAUGGGAGGUACUGCUGAUCUAGCGUGUUACCAGUGGUUUGGAUUGAGGGACGGCUGCUAGACUCCAGCAUCUCCACUGAACCAUUAUCCAUUCUCUUUGCCAGGCUUUUUGAAAAUGCAGUAACUUUUAACUUGGGGAAGGGGUGAUGUUGUUAAAAAGGGUUUUGUGGAUCACUUAAAGUCACUGUAUUAUUGUUUCCUCGCCCACCAUUAACACGGGAAGGAGCAUGGUUACAUUCCUGCAGUUCCUUAGCUUCGAAGAUACAUCAUACCACACGGUCAUUCCAAUUAUUAGAUUAAUGUUAGCCAUGCUGAAGAAUGUUGAUGAAGGGGGCUUUGCAUUGCAACCCCCACCCCCCCCAAAGUCUCACCCCUGUUAGAUCUAGACCUUCUCAAAGUGGAGCUUGUAUCUUUGUCCAUCCACCAUAAACAGCGUUUACCUGAUAGUAAACGGUAGCAGGGAAGUUACACAGGGUAAGGUUUCUAAUCUUCUUGCCCUUACAAUUCUCAGUGGCCACCAUUUCCUGCCAGGGUUGACGGGAAUUGUAGAACUGUUGGGGUUUCAGCUUAAUUUAGAAAACUAUCAUUCUCACUGGCUCCUGCAAGAAAUAAUGAUCGAGGAAGCUUGGGAAUUGUAGUUUUAAGGAGCUUUCCCCCUCCCCUUUCAAAAUAAGAAUUUGGUGGCUUGGGAAAGGUUUGAAGGUGGUUUGUAAAAUGUGCUCAGAUAUGUGUACUUUUUCAAGCAUUCAGUGAAGGUGUUUUUGCAAAUGUUUUUGUUUCUCAGGCUGAGCAGGGCAGGAUUUCCCCCACCAUUAGCUAAUCUUAAAACACUGCAAGAGUGAAAACCAAAGCAGAUUCUUUAAAUGCUGUUUCAGAAUUGGGGGCCUACAGAAGUGCAGCUUCCACUGCGGCCGCUCAAACUGGACUUACUUUACAUGCCUGUCUGGGAGCUGAGACCUUUCCUCGUUGUCUCUUUUGGUAAUGGGAGUUGUACCACUGCCCAUUUUGCCUCUCUGUGUUUUGUAAAAUGACAAAAAUUGUACUUAAUGAUCUUCUCCAUCCACGGAGCUCCAGGAUGAUCACUUUGAGCUCGUUCAGUCUUAAUGGCUUGUACCAAUUUGCAUUGCAUUUUAAUAAAUGUUUUCCAUUUUAAAGGA